AUGAGUGGCAGCAGAAAACCGUCUUCAGUACAGAGGUUGCAGAAUAUUACCGUAUCUAAGCAUUCUCCUGCUCCUUUCGAUUCUCAAAAAAAAGAGGGAAAGGAGUUGGCAAAAUCAACCACCCUCUUAUCUCGAAUUACAACGAUCAAGUUCGAUGAUUCGCAAAUUGUUCCCAAAAAGAACCGACGUGGUUUGCUUUCCAGUUUUUGCAUGAUACCGGAGUAUCAAGAUGCCAGAAACUUACCACCUAGCCUCAGACGAGCAAUCGUUUUUAUCAUUGCAUUCUGUGCAAUGCUUGGGCCAAUGGGAACCUCAAUCUUGCUUCCUGCUUCAGAUGAUGCAGUUGCAGACUUGGACACUACGAUUACCAUCCUCAAUGUUGCCAUCGGUGUCUACCUUAUCACGUUGGGUGUGAUUCCUCUAUGGUGGAGUAAUUUUUCUGAGAGGCAUGGCAGACGUUCCAUCUACAUUAUUUCUUUUAUAAUGUAUCUCGGCUUUACCAUAGGAUGUGCAUUAUCCAACAGCAUAAAUACUCUCAUUGGGUUUCGUAUUUUAAGUGGUGGCUGUGCUGCCAGUGUGCAGAGUGUGGGUGCAGGAACAAUUGGUGACUUAUAUCCGAUAACGAAAAGAGGUGUGGCCAUGGGUUUGUUCUACUUGGGUCCUCUUGCUGGUCCUCUUUUGAGUCCUAUCAUCGGUGGUGCCAUCACGAGUAACAAAAGAUUUGGAUGGCGAGCUACCCAAUGGUUUUUGGUCUGUCUCAGCGGUGGGUGCUGUUUAAUGAUCAUUUUUUUCUUGCCUGAAACAUUGAGAAAACAAGAUAAUCGAGAGGCUAUUCGACAAAUUUUACGUGAAAGAAGAAGGAAUAGAAUACCGAAGGCGGAUGAGGAAACAGCCGGCGAGAAGUGUGCCAAGAAACUUGUGCCUCCGGUUGUUGAUGAUCCCCUCAACGAUCCCAAGCGUGAUGUGAAUAGCGCUAACCAACAGAAUAUCCCUCAUAAUUCAAAUAUUAAUCCGUCAGGGUUACCUCUUUCACCGGUGGGAUCUAUUGAUUCUGAAGCUAUUUCGGAUGAUGAUAUGGUUUCAGAGGAAGAGGUUGAGCAUUUGAACAAGCUCUUGACAAGAAUGUCCACGCACCAAUCAUUUGCAGGUGGCGGUAUUAAGAAAGAAGGCAGUAAUAGAAGCAGGAAACCAUCUGUUGCUUCUACACGUAAGACACGACCAUCGAUUGACGGGCCUCAAACAGCUGAACUUGUUAGAAUCAAUAGAAUAGAGCGUAGCGGUAAGUUCCACUUAGCAAUGCAUUAUAUGAAAAUCUACCUCUAUUCACCAUUGAAGGCAUUCAUUUUUAUUAGAUAUCCACCCGUCUUUUUAGCAAUGGCUUACUCAGCACCGUGCUUUGCUGCACUAUAUGUGCAGAAUAUGACAUUAACUUACAUGUAUUCCAAAGCCCCAUACAAUUUUACUCCAAUACUUGUCGGUUUAGUUUAUAUCCCUAACUCCGUUACUUAUUUCAUUGCAUCCAUCUGGGGUGGGAAGUUCAACGACUACUUGUUAAAGAAAAAGAUUGAAAAAUAUGGUAUCGUUGCUCCAGAGGCUAGGUUUGGCAUAAAUGUUUACGUAGCUGCUGCCAUACUACCCUGCUCUUUACUCAUCACAGGCUGGUGUUUAGAGUAUGGUGAGCAUUGGGUUACUCCAUUAAUUGGCACUGCCUUAUUUGGAUUUGCCCAAAUGAUUGUUAUUGGGGUUACAGUUACCUACCUUGCAGAUUGUUUGCCAGGUAAAGGAGCCACGGGUAUUGCUUUGAAUAAUUUCAUAAGAAUGAUCAUGGCUGCUGGAGUUUCUUUUGCAACUGAGCCUUUGAUUAAAGCUAUCGGUACCGGAGUACUCUUUAGUAUUUGCGCUGGUGUUACUGCAGCUUUGAGUGUAUUGUUGGUUAUCAUUAUCAAAAGGGGUGAUCACUGGAGAGAAACUUACGAUUUGGAAAAACUUUAUGAUCUUGUAGAUAGUUGA